AUGACGAAUCAAAACAAUAUGAACAAUUUGACAACCCUCAUCAAAAGACUCGAAGCUGCCACUUCACGACUUGAAGACAUUGCCACUUCGAUAGACGGGCCUGGCACCACCACCACAAACGGACUGGUUGGUGCUGUGGUCACUCCGUCCGCUACUGCUGCUACCCCUGAACCGGUCGCUCCUCCGCCUGAGCCUCUCCCCAAGUCCGUGGAAGCCUUUGACAAGAUCAUUGAGGAGGACCUGUCCGCCUUCGUGAAGGCUGCCGAGAAGAUCGGAGGCCUUGUGGAAGAACAGGCCAAAGCCGCCGACGAUGCAUUUAAAGCCGAACGGACCUACCUACUCGUGGCCACGAAAGCCAAAAAGCCCGAUCCACAGCCCCCGGAACUCAUGACCGAGCUUCAUCGGUACACCUCGGCCGUCGAUGAGAUUCGAGAGGCCAAUCGUCCAUCUCCCCUGUUUGUCCAUCUGAGCGCCGUGUCCGAAGGCAUUGUCGCCUUAGGGUGGAUCGUGGAGAAGAGACCGGGGGAUUUCGUGACGGAUACCCUGGGAGGAGCCCAGUACUAUGGCAAUAAGAUCCUGAAAGAAUACAAGGAGAAGGACCGAACUCAUGUGGAGUACAUCCAAGCCUACUACAAGAUAUUCCGCUCGCUCGCUUCAUAUGUAAAAGAAUACUUCCCCACCGGUCUCACAUGGAACAACAAGGACGGCAUCGAUGCUGUUGAAGCCCUCAAGCAGGUGCAAUCCGGUUCGGGCACUGCCAAAGCAGCAGGGCCUCCGCCCCCUCCUCCACCUCCGCCUUUGCCGAAGUUUGACGACGAUGACGCUCCUGCCCCUCCGCUUCCGCCCGCCGGCGGUGCUGGGCAAGCCGGUGACAUGUCGGCUGUUUUCAACCAACUGAAUCAAGGAUCGGCCGUCACGGCGGGGUUGAGAAAAGUCGACAAGUCGGAGAUGACCCACAAGAAUCCGUCUUUGCGAACAGGGUCGAAAGUGCCUCAACGGUCCUCGUCCCAGACUUCGGUGUCGUCCGCCGGACGUGGCAAAUCACCGUUGCCAAACAAGAAACCCGACAGCAUGCGGGCCAAGAAGCCCGGUCGAAAAGAACUGGACGGCACCAAAUGGAUUGUUGAGAAUUUCGAAAACACCCAAUCGGAAGUGAUUGAGAUCAACGCGGAACUCAACCAGAGCAUCCUGAUCUCGAAAUGCAACAAGUGUGUACUGAAGGUCAACGGCAAGGCCAAUGCUAUCUCCAUCGACAACUCGGCUGGAUUGUCGAUCCUGAUCGAUUCGCUUGUGUCGAGUUUGGAUGUCAUCAAAGCCACCAAAUUCCAAGUGCAGGUCGACGGCGUUGUGCCGACCAUUCUGCUGGAUCAAGUGGACGGUGCGCAGAUCUACCUGUCCAACAAAAGUCUAGGAACCGAAAUGUUCACCAGCAAAAGCAGUGCAGUCAACGUGGUGUUGCCUCCGAAAGACGACGCGGACGACGACAGCAAGGAGAUAGCAUUCCCUGAACAAAUCCGGAGUGUGAUCAAGAACGGCAGUCUUGUCAGCGAGAUUGUUGAGCAUGCCGGUUGA